CUGAGCUCAAGCGAGUCUCCAGCACCAUGUCGGACCCCAUUCCCUCCCCCGCUUCUGUGCCAGCGCCCACACCCCUCACCUCGACAGGUUUCAUCACCUACCGCCGCCAGCUCCUCUCAUACCUCGCCGCUCACGCCCCCGACCUCUUCUACCACCUCUACCCAUCUCCUGCUCUUGAGCCAUACCGCAAGACACCGUCCUCUCUCGUACACCUCGUGGAGAUGGCCCUGUUCCGGCCCUGGGGCCAGUUUGCCGGAGAUCAUCCGCCUUGCGCGAUGGUGAGCGUCACAGGCUUGCGGCUGUCGGAAGAGCAGUUUCUCGAAUGGGCCGAAUGGGCGAGAUGUGAGCGAUCUCUCCGAAAAGUCUUCCGAAAGACAUUCUCACCGGAUAUGUGGGAGGGUAUGGGGAACAUGUGGAGCACCAAAGAUAUCUGGGAGACUCUCGAGGCCGAAUACAUCCCUUCUCCUGUCGAGCGCCAAUCACACAUCAUCUAUUGCCUUCGGUCUACACGACUCCCGCCCCAAGCAUCUCUUCGCGACAUCUUCAAGCUGUGGGAUACUUUCAACCUUCUAGUCAUCGAAGCUAGGGACGCUGGCCUGUUCAUCCUCGAGGAAGAAGUGGUGGAUAGGUAUCUGGGAGCUAUCGGGAAAGGCGACGCGGGAAAGCUCGUAAGGGCGACGUAUGGAAGCAUGAGCCAGGACGAGCCUCUGAAGGGUACUUGGAGAGGAGUAAGGAGAGUGGUUCGUAUGUGUAUCAAAAAGCAAUUCGACGAUCACCAGCUCGCCAUUUCCGGCCACCCUUUCCCUAUCGCCAAAAGCUCGACGCUCAUGGCCCCGACCCCAGAGUAUGAUGUGCCACCCAGCAAUACUGCGCCCGACCUACCUCCUACUCCUGAACCGACUCCCAGACCAACUACGCUUCCCAUCGCCCCGCACACAUACACCAUCGUGGAUCGCGUCAAAGACCGCAGAAGAGGUAGUACGCGGACUGCUCUAAGUGAGAAGGACAGCAACGCUCUCGCAAGCCCAGUGCUGCCCAAGAAGAUGAGGAGGGAGAUUGAAAAGCCGAAGAAAGAUGGAGGCGACGCGAGGCAUAGGGGGGGAGAGAGCCCGACGCGGGGUGAGAUGAGGGAGGUUGCUGCUUCUCGUUAAUUGAGGACAUUCUAUGGAACAGCUCGACUUGCGCCACCCACUAUCCUCGGAUACCCCUAUAAACAUGCCCUACGACCUACACCCCUCUACUUUCCCGCAAUGCUUCAAUCUUCGACCUCUCACACGUCUUCAAACUCCCGCGUCGUCAUACCUCUCAACCAUCUUCUCUCCUGUGACCCUCUGGGUUCCAUCACUCCUACUUUUCCUCAGCUGCUCGGACUCCCCAAGGACUAUCAAACUUCAACGACGACCAAAUAUUUCUCUUACUGCAUCCGGGUGAUGUUGUCGGAUGUGUAGCAGGCGGCGGGUGGUUGAGAUGGGAAUCAGACGAGCGUAGAACGUCACCUAUACGGACAAAAUGGAUUAUUAUAGCUCUCAUGAUUAUUCAGUACGUAUUAGUAAAUCAGAUAUCGCUUAUGUUGUAGAGGAAGAGGGAACGCGUAUGUCGAGAACACUUGUAGUUUCUGUUGAACGAUGUCACUUCCUAUAUCUGUC